GCGUGAGUUCUCUGGCUCUCUCCUUCCUUGCCUCCAGAACUGCACACACAUGUUGGAGACUUCUUUGGAGAAGGCUCUGACCACUAUGGUCACCACUUUCCAUAAAUAUUCAGGGAGAGAGGGCAGCAAACUGACUCUGAGUAGGAAGGAGCUGAAGGAACUGAUCAAGAAAGACCUGUGUCUUGGUGAGAAGAUGAAGGAGAGCAGCAUCGAUGACCUGAUGAAGAGCUUGGACAAGCACAGCGACCAGGAGAUGGACUUCAAGGAGUACUCGGUGUUCCUGACCACGCUGUGCGUGGCCUACAACGACUUCUUCCUGGCGGACAACCAAUGACUGGGCCCUGGCUCCUGGCCCCUGCGGCUCCUCUCACAGACCCUCCGUGGCCCCUUGCCUUCCCCUCCCUCCCAGAUGGACCCUGCUUCAGCCUUCCCUUCCAGCAGAGGAAAUAAAGAUUUUUGAUUCCAGGUGUCCAGGGCUGGUUUGGAACAUUCUUGUCCACCUUGGCUGGGGGUGGGGUGGGACCAGGCAGAGCUUCUC